UAAGGUCAGUAAUGCUGGUUACCUCAUUUAGCUUGGACUGGCCUGACCUUGAUAAAGUAACAUCAUCUAGUAUCUCCAUUACCAGUUCUUCAGCUUACUAACGUCUGGUGGUGGAGUUACUGCGUCCUUGUGAAGAGACCGAAAUGAAACGACACUUCCUGUACCUAUUAUUACUUAUGACAACAUUAUUCCUUGUGGGAGACAGCCGCCCUGAAAUCUUCACUCCUUCAGAUUCAGCUGACAUUGGCAAAAUGUCUUCUGUUCUUGCAAAGUCAGAGCCACGGCAAAUGGGACUUCUUGGAUUCACGGCUUUAGGAGCACUUAUGUUUCCAAUUCUAGUUUCAUUAGGAAUGGCCAGCUUUGUCUCUCAUCUGCCCACAGUAUUCAAAGAAUUUGCUUCUGAAUUCGGCAUACCAGCAACUCCACCUCGAAAUUUCUUCUUUUUCAGAAGAAAUCUGUAUGGUCGUAGUGGUUAUGAUUCCCGGCUGGACUAUAUACUGAACAAUCUUCAAAGACUGCAAAGUGAAACAUCUGGAAAUGGAGAUAUCCUUAAGUAUAACUAUGGACGUAGUAGACGAUAGAGAUCAAGUCACCAUGAACUGUGGAUAAACCAUAUCAAUUGUCGAAGUUUUCUACUGCCAUUGAUAUUAAUAUUUUCUUAAAUUUAAUACCAUUGAUACCUACUAAUGAGCAUUAGCAGCUUUAAAAGAAUUCGUUUACUUUUUAACAGUUGUAAAUUCUUUCUUUCUUUUUUUUUUUUCCUUUCAGUUCUGGACUGGAAAUUAAGAAAAUGGCGUUCUCAACAAAUUCUUGGGAUCAAAAAUUUCUAUUUCAUAUUUCUAUCUAAAUUUUCUAAUACUGUAAAUAAUUAUUCUAAAUCUAAUUGAUGACUUUUUAAAAUUAUUUCUUAAUCUAUAUUCAAUAGAAAUGAUAACAAUUUUUAUGAAAAAUGUUGGUAGAAGCUCAAGUUAAUGUUAAGAGAAGCUCAAGUUAAGUGUUUAGGAGCCUAGAUUAAUGUUCUAGACUCUCCUCCAGAACAGGGUCUAAUCAACCCUAUCAGUUUAACGCCACUUUGUCUUAACAAGUCACAUAGAAACGAUUCUGGAGAAGGAAAUAAAAACUUAUAAUUGAGAGCAUUUCAGAAAUUGAGAUAAUAAAUCAGAUAUCUAACGCAUCUUUUCAUUAGCAAUUAUUUACCACGGUGAAUCAAUCCGGAAAAAUUUAUUUUGAAUCUUUGUGAUGACGGAGUUUUAUUUUCUUGCCUAUGACUAGAGCAAGUGAGGAAUUUUCCAAAGAUAAUGGAUUUGAUGUUAAAUUGAUUUGAUUGAUUUUUGUAUUUAAGAAAACAUAUCAAAAGCGCCUAUGCCCAUACACUUGUCUUCAUAGGCAAUAAUUUACUGAGGAGCAAAAAUCUGUGAAAAUUCAUUUCAGAUUUUCGUGAUAAUGGUGCUCUAUUUUCUUACCUAUGCCUGGAGCAAAUGGGGAAAUUUUCCAAAGAUAGUUUAUUUAAUCUGUCAUAUUGAAACAAGCUGGGGUUUGUCAUAAAAAAACAUAUCAUAUAUUUAAAAAAUACGUAAAUCGUAUUUAUCUUCAAUUACGUUCCCAUAACCUUAAAAAAUAGUAUUGUUUUAAUAUCUAGUAUUGUUAGAAAAAUAUUGGAUUCGUUUAUCCGUUUGAUACGGAAUUAUGUAUAUCAAUGUUAAACUGUGUUAUGUA